GUGCCAUCACUGAAAAUUAGCGGACGCUCUUUACUUUACAAAUUGUGUUGUUUAAUUAAACAUUUAAUGUUUACAGACCAUAUAUACCAGUGAGCCACCAGUUAAAUACAUAAAAUGAUGGCGCGUCGAGGGGGAAAGCGAAUACGAAUGGAUGAUCCGCCUCCGGACUACGAUGAAUUGCACAGCGAUGCCCUGAACGAGAGCACCUCGGAUGCAGAUAGUCCCACGAAGCGGAUGACCAGGUUGCGGGCCCGCGGCGGUGUGCGGGAUAAGCCUCCCAUAAUUGAUGACGACGAGGAUGACUUCUUCGCGCCAAUUGCGCGCAAACGAAAGACUCCCGCCACCCGCAAAGACCCAAAAGAACGGAAGGAGCGGGUUGAACGGCCGCGGAAGGAGCCUGUGGACAAAGGACACCACGAGCGGAUCGACAACGAACGGGAGAUAACCACGGACGAGAACAGCCUGUACUUCAUUGUGCGGCACUCCAAGAAUCCCAUUGCUAGCAUUGUUGACCAGUGGAUCGAACAGUACAAAGCAAACCGGGAGACCGCGCUGGUCGCCUUGAUGCAGUUCUUCAUAAAUGCCAGCGGCUGCAAGGGCAAGAUAUCUGAGGAUAUCCAGUAUCCCGUAGAUCACACAGCCAUCAUCCGACGUAUGACCGAGGAGUUUGACGAGGAAAGCGGCGAAUAUCCCUUGAUCAUGACCGGAACUCAGUGGCGGAAGUUUAAAAAUAAUUUCUGCGAUUUUGUCCAAACGCUGGUGAAGCAGUGCCAGUACUCCAUCAUCUACGAUCAAUUUCUGAUGGACAACGUCAUCUCCCUGCUUACGGGACUGUCCGAUUCGCAGGUGCGAGCCUUUCGACACACGGCCACUUUGGCGGCCAUGAAGCUAAUGACUGCCCUCGUGGAUGUGGCCCUGCUGGUUUCGAAUAACUUCGACAAUGCUGCGAAACAAUUCGAAGCUGAACGCGUAAAGUCGCGUGAUCGCCGUGCCUCUGACCGUUUGGACUCACUUAUGACAAAACGGUCCGAAUUGGAAGAGAACAUGGAUGAGAUAAAGAGCAUGUUGACCUACAUGUUUAAGUCGGUGUUUGUCCACCGGUACAGGGAUAGUCUGCCAGACAUACGCGCCAUUUGUAUGGCCGAGAUCGGCAUCUGGAUGGAGAACUAUCCCCAAAACUUUCUUGACGACUCGUACUUAAAGUAUAUCGGUUGGACGCUCCACGACAAGAUCGGAGAGGUUCGCCUGCGCUGCCUGCAGUCGUUGCUGCCGCUGUACGAGAAGGACGAGCUCAAGGGCAAGCUGGAGUUGUUCACGUCCAAGUUUAAGGACCGGAUUGUGGCCAUGACUCUGGACAAAGAGUUUGAGGUGUCCGUUCAUGCCGUCAAGCUAGUGAUCAGUAUUCUGAAAAUCCAUCCAGAGAUUUUGGCUGACAAGGAUUGCGAAAUUGUCUAUGAAUUGGUUUAUUCCUCACAUCGUGGUGUGGCCCAGGCAGCCGCUGAGUUCUUAAACGUUCGCUUGUUUCAUUUGACUGCUGACAUGGAAGAGACCAAGACCAAACGUGGCAAAGUGCGUAUGCCCAAUACACCGCUGGUUCGGGACUUGGUACAGUUCUUUAUCGAAUCCGAGCUUCACGAGCAUGGCGCCUACCUUGUGGACUCCUUCAUCGAUAGCAACGACAUGGUAAGGGACUGGGAGUGUAUGACGGAUCUGCUGCUGGAAGAGCCGGGUCCCAAUGAAGAGGUCCUCGACAACAAGCAGGAAUCAACGCUCAUCGAGAUCAUGGUCAGCAGCGUUAAACAAUCGGCCACUGGAGAAGUUCCGGUCGGGCGCGCCAGCAAUCGCAAAUGUACGCUGAGUGCCAAGGAAUUGAAGGCUAUUCAAGAUGAGAAGGCCAAACUGACCGAGCACUUCAUUGUCACUCUGCCGUCCCUGCUAGAGAAGUAUCAGGCGGACAGUGAGAAGCUGGCCAACCUGCUUGCAGUUCCCCAGUACUUCGAUCUCAAUCUGUACACCACCAAUCGACAAGAGGGCAACCUACAGGCUUUGUUAGACCGCAUUAAUCAGGUGAUGAGCAUGCACACAGGCCGCGAGGUGCUGGAAACAUGCGCAAAGACGCUUGAAUGUCUAUGUGCCGAGGGAAGUGCUACAUACACCAGAUGCAAUAUCGCCAGAUCCAACAUUAUCGAGAGCGCUGUCAACAAGUACAAGGACGCCAUUGAGGAGUGGCGCAACCUCAUACAAGGCGAGGAGACCCCUAAUGAGGAUGACAUCUACAACAUAACCAUCACCCUCAAGGUCCUUUCUAUCCUGUACUCCUCGCACAACCUCAACCCCUGGGAGCUGUUCAAAUCCCUCUUCCAGGAUGUCGAGGAGGCUCAGUCCAAGGAGAACGUUGACCGCUGUCUGCCCAACGAAGCGUUAGCCUAUUGUAUUGAGGCCUGCUAUUUUUCCAUCAGUUGGGGACUCCACUAUGUGGAGAACGAUUGCGAGACGGUAAACGUGGCCGAGGUUGUGGCCGAGCUGCGCAACAAUUUGGACACCUUUAUGGGAGCCUGCUUUGAGUUAACACGCGAUGGCCCCACAGUGCAGAUUCAAGAGGCGGCCUACCAGUCCAUCUGCGAUCUGCUGAUCAUCUUUUCGGACAAAUUGGGUCGCAGUGAGAUCGAACACAUUCGAAGCCUGGAGUACAAGUCGCGUAUGGAUGAGCACCUGAUCUUGGACAACUUUGUGCAGCACUAUGUGUUUUCCCUCAAGCAAGAUGUGGCCCAGGAUGAAACGAGAAUCGAGGAGCUGCAUAAGAAACGUAACUUCUUGGCUUGUUACUGCAAGUUGGUAGUGUACAAUAUAAUACCAACAAUGCGAGCGGCCAGCAUUUUUAAAUAUUAUGUCAAGUGCUACAACGAUUAUGGUGACAUAAUAAAAGCCACAUUGGGCAAGGCUCGAGAGAUAAAUAAAGUAAACUUUGCCAUGACCCUACUCUUAAGCCUUAUCACGGUUUUCAAGAGUCUUCAGGAGCAGAGUGAGGAUGGAAUUGUUUUGAAGAGCUCGCAAGAGUUUGUGGACCUAAAGGAGUUGGCCAAGCGAUUUGCCCUAACAUUUGGCUUUGAUGCUAUUAAGAAUCGCGAGUCUGUGGCCGCCAUUCACCGGGGUGGCAUUUACUUUGCUGCCAACAAGGAGUCUGAUGAUCCAGUGCGUGCUCCAACGCGCCUACUUUUCCUGGAGGUUUUAAACGAGUUCAAUUAUAAGCUGCUUAAGCAAGACAAGAAGGUUAUAAUGAGUUUCCUGGACAAGACCAUACCACCCGCAAUGCCAUCUAGCCGAGCUGAAGAAUGGCAACCGUUAAUCUUAUAUCGCAAUUCGUUGCUGCAUGGCGAAACUGACCAAGUGCCAGUCGCCAGCAAACGAGCCUACACACGAAAACGUCGUGAUCACGAUGAAGAAGAGGAGGAGGAGGAAGACGAGGAGGAACACAAUGAUCCCGAUUACAGGGGCUAGGACCCGACCAGACAUAUAUUCGGCUAAAGUGCAAAUCGAACUUUCCAGGCGAUCUAGUAGUAUUAAGUUCAAAGCUA